CCUGUUAGGUUUACAUUCAGAAAAGCACAGGAAAAACAAAAUUAGAAGGCACUCAUGAUGUCUUUACCAUUCUAUCAAAGACACCAUGACCAUUAUGACCGUGCAUAUCGCCAUAAAGCACUGCAGUCAACUGUAAGCCAGUACCAAAAGGAAACAAAGAGCAAAUCUGCUGUCUAUGCUCAAGGAUCUGCAGCUUAUGCCAGGGGCUCUGCAGCCUAUCGCCAUACUUCUGCAGCAGACUUCAGCCUUGAGUCUUCAGCAGCAUAUAGCCAUGGCUCUUCAGCCCACAGUCUUGAGUCAGCUGCCUACAGCUAUGGAUCUACAGCCUAUGAUCAUGCUGCUGCGCAAAGUAAGAGGUCUGCUGCCUACAGUCUUGACUCUGAAGCCCUCAGCAAGAGCUCUGCUGCCUACAGUCAUGGAUCUGAAUCAAUCAACAAGCUGGCUGCAGCCUACCGCCUGGGGUCAGAGACCUACGGUCUUGGACUGAAAGAUUCCAACCUAAUGAUUGAAGAUCAGUCCUAUAAAAUGAGCCCGAAAGCAAAGAGAGCAAAACAGAACUUGGCAUCUGAGGACAAAGAGAAUGAAGCCAUGGACUAUUCAGUACCUAUAUUCACAGGACGUGAAGUAAGUAUCAGUGGGAUCACAGAUACAGAAGAAGAAAGAAUUAAAGAGAGCGCUGCUUACGUUGCCAGAAGGAACCUCUUUGCGACCGGUGAAGGAGUUAGCGUCAGCAAGGUGGCCAAAUCUGUCUCUGAAGAGGAACAUCAUGAGAAAAAAUCAAGGAAAGUAGCCAUACGGGAGUCCGCAGAGCGUGUGGCCCUGAAGAAAACGCUAGAAGAUACUCAGGCAUUUCACAAAAAGUUGAAUCAAGAUAAACUUUUACAUCCUCCCGAGUUUGUUAUCAAACCUCGUUCUCACACUAUCUGGGAAAAGCAAAAUGUCAAAUUUCAUUGUACAGUGGCUGGCUGGCCAGCACCCCGUGUUACAUGGUACAAAAACAAUGUUCCCAUUGAUGUACAGGCUCACCCUGGCAAAUAUACCAUUGAAAAUCGAUAUGGAUUGCACUCCCUGGAGAUUAGCACAUGUGAUUUUGAUGAUAUUGCUCAGUACCGGGCAUCUGCUAUGAAUGUUAAAGGAGAAAUUUCGGCUUAUGCUUCCCUUGUGGUAAAGAGGUACAAAGGAGAAAUUGAUGCAAGUCAUUUGCAUGCUGGGACGUUUUCCAUGCCUCUGAGCCUUGGUGUUACCCCACAUGGCUUCGCUUCCAGGUUCGAAAUCAAAUUUAUUGACAAGUUUGAGGUAACAUUUGGGAGAGAAGGCGAGACGAUGAGUCUGGGCUGCACGGUUGUCAUCAGUCCUGAUAUCAAGCGCUUCAAACCAGACAUCGAGUGGUACCGCAAUGGUGUUCUUAUUACACCAUCCAAAUGGGUCCAGAUGCACUGGACUGGAGAGAGAGCUUCGUUAACACUGACUCAUGCGAACAAGGAAGAUGAAGGUCUUUAUACUCUGCGUGUGGUGAUGGGAGAAUACUAUGAAGAGUACAGUGGUUAUGUCUUUGUUCGAGAUGCUGAUGCUGAGAUCCCAGGAGCCCCUGGCGCACCGCUGGAUGUGCAGUGCUUAGAUGCCAACAAGGAUUAUGUCAUUGUGUCCUGGAAGCAGCCAGCUGUUGAUGGAGGAAACCCCAUCCUCGGAUACUUCAUUGACAGGUGUGAGGUUGGCACCACUCACUGGACCCAAUGCAAUGAGACUCCGGUGAAGUUUGCUCGUUUUCCUGUUACUGGUCUGAUCGAGGGCCGCUCCUACAUCUUCCGAGUCCGAGCGGUGAACAGAGCUGGUGUUAGCCUGCCAUCCCGUGUGUCAGAGGCUGUGGCUGCCUUGGAUCCCGCAGACAGAGCCAGACUGAGAAGUCACCCUUCUGCUCCUUGGACAGGACAGAUUAUUGUCACUGAGGAAGAACCUGCAGAGGGUGUCAUUCCUGGUCCACCUACAGACCUCCAAGUUAUUGAAGCUACCAAGAACUAUGUUGUGCUGAGUUGGAAACCUCCUGGACAGCGGGGCCAUGAGGGUAUCAUGUACUUUGUGGAAAAGUGCAUUGCUGGCACAGAGGAUUGGCAAAGGGUGAACACUGAGAUCCCUGUGAAGUCCCCUCGCUUUGCAGUUUUUGAUUUGUCUGAAGGCAAAUCCUAUUGCUUCCGGGUUCGCUGUUGCAAUUCAGCUGGAAUUGGUGAGCCUUCAGAAGCAACUGAAGCCACUGUGGUGGAUGACAAACUUGAUAUUCCCAAACCUCCUGGCCGUAUUAUGCCAACUAGAAACACAGAUACCUCCGUUGUUGUCACUUGGACAGAGCCCCCAGAUGCCAAGGAGCUGGUUGGAUAUUACAUUGAGUCAAGUGUGGUUGGAUCUGGUCAUUGGGAGCCAUGCAACAACAAUCCAGUCAAAGGCACAAGAUUCAUUUGCCAUGGGCUUAUCAACGGUGAGAAGUACAUUUUCAGAGUCAGGGCUGUUAAUGCAGCUGGACUCAGUGAAUUUUCCCAGGAUUCAGAGCCUAUAGAAGUACAAGCAGCCAUUGGGGGAGGAUUGCUUCAUGCUGCUCCAUCUCCACCAUAUGACAUCACGGUCCUUGAGAGUGUUCGGGACUCCAUGGUGUUAGGAUGGAAACAACCCAAAGCCACUGGGGGAACUGAAAUUACUGGCUACUACGUGAACUAUCGUGAAGUAAUUGGUGGAGUUCCUGGGAAAUGGAGGGAGGCCAACAUUAAAGCCAUUAGCGAGAGGGCAUACAGGAUUGAAAACCUGAAGGAAAACAUGGUGUACCAGUUCCAGGUGGCUGCUGCUAACCUGGCUGGCGUUGGGACACCCUCCCUACCCAGCAAGCCCUUCAAAUGUGAAGAAUGGACCAUUGCUGUACCUGGGCCACCUCAUGAUGUCACAUACACAGAAGUUAGGAAGGACUCUUUGGUAUUACUGUGGAAGGAACCAGUUUACACUGGCCGUAGUCCUAUAGCUGGUUAUUACAUUGAUAUGAAGGAAACUGAAGCUAAGGAGGAACACUGGAGAAGCGUCAAUGAGAAGCCACUUCAAAAGAAAUUCUUGAAGAUAGCUGGCCUAACAGAAGGGGUGAGCUAUGUGUUCCGUGUGCGGGCGACAAACCAGGCUGGUGUUGGGAGACCAUCAGAUAUCACUGAUCCUGUUGUAGCUGAGACACGACCAGGAACUAAGGAAGUGGUGGUUAAUGUGGAUGACGAUGGAGUCAUUUCCUUGAACUUUGAAUGUGAUCAGAUGUCUCCAAACUCUAAGUUUGUUUGGUCCAAGGACUAUGAACCGAUUGAGGAUGACUCUCGACUGGACAUCGAUUCCAAAGGCGGAAAGUCAAAAGCAGUCUUUAAGAAUCUUGGGGAAGAUGAUUUGGGAAUUUAUUCCUGUGUUGUUACAGACACUGAUGGAGUUUCAUCAGGCUACACAAUUGACGAAGAAGAAAUGAAACGCCUGCUUGCUCUGAGCCAUGAACACAAGUUCCCAACUAUUCCACUUGCCUCUGAGCUAGCAGUAGAAAUUCUAGAAAAAGGAGAAGUGAGAUUCUGGUUGCAAGCUGAAAAAUUGUCUGGCAAUGCAAAGGCCAACUUUGUAUUUAAUGAUAAGGAAAUUUUUAAUGGAGAGAAAUAUAAGAUGAAGGUGGACCAGCGUACUGGCCUUGUUGAAAUGAUUAUGGAUAAACUUGAGGACAAGGAUGAAGGGACUUACACUUUCCAGCUGCAGGAUGGAAAAGCAACCAAUCAGUCCAGCCUGGUCCUCAUUGGUGAUGUAUUCAAGAAGCUGAGAGAUGAAGCAGAAUUCCAGAGAAAAGAGUGGCACAGGAAACAAGGUCCUCAUUUUGUGGAUCAGCUGGGAUGGGAAGUUACUGAUGACUGUAACGUGAUGCUGAAAUGUAAGGUGGCUAAUAUUAAGAAGGAAACACAUAUUGUAUGGUACAAAGAUGACAGGGAGAUAAUGGUAGAUGAAGAACACGACUUUAAAGAUGGUGUGUGCACCCUGCUGAUAUCGGAGUUUUCUAAGAAAGACACUGGAAUUUAUGAAGUCAUACUGAAGGAUGACAGAGGGAAGGACGUCAGUGAGCUGAAACUUACAGACACAGCUUUUGCAGAUCUGAUGAAUGAAGUAUGCAGAAGGAUUGCUUUAUCUGCAACAGAUCUGAAAAUCCAGAGCACAGCUGAGGGCAUCAGGCUGUACUCUUUUGUCACCUAUUAUGUGGAAGAUCUGAGAGUAGGCUGGGUGCACAACGAUACCCAGAUUAGGUUUUCAGACAGAGUGAAGACUGGUGUCACUGGGGAACAGAUCUGGCUGCAGAUCAAUGAGCCAACUCCACAAGACAAAGGCAAAUACACAAUGGAACUCUUUGAUGGUAAAACCGGACACAAAAAGACAGUGGAUCUUUCUGGGCAAGCAUUUGAUGAAGCCUUUGCUGAGUUCCAGAGAUUAAAGCAAGCUGCAAUUGCAGAGAAAAAUCGCGCCCGGGUGCUUGGAGGUUUGCCCGAUGUUGUCACCAUCCAGGAAGGCAAGGCACUCAAUCUGUCUUGCACUGUCUGGGGAGAUCCUACCCCAGAAGUCUCAUGGCUGAAGAACGAAAAAUCGUUUGUGUCAGAUGCUAAUUGCAUCCUGAAAUUCGAAGCUGGGAAAAAUGUCAGCUUCACCAUUUCUGCUGUGUCCACACACGACUCUGGGAAGUACAGCCUUGUGGUGAAGAACAAGUAUGGAACGGAGACCAGUGAUGUCACCGUGAUUGUGAUUACUGUGUCAGGCCAGACUGACACAGCUAAGCACACUGUUAGCAUCUCAGGACAAAGUCAAAAUAAUAUAACUGUAUCUAAAAAGAAAAAAGCAACUACUAUGAGCAAAUCACAGCAGGAAAAGGAAAAGAAAGAUAUUAAGCCACAUGUAGAUGAAGUUAUUGCCACAGAAGAGACAUCUGAUUCAAAAGAAAUCCCCAGAGUGGAAAAAGAAAAGAAUAUAGAGAACAAUCAAGAAACAGCAAAGAAGACUCAUGGAAAGGCUGCAGCAGCAAGAACAGUUCCUUAACCUAUAGAAAGCCUGGGAAUGGGGGAAAAAAAAAUCACUGGGGAAAAAAGCCUUGAGUUAAAUCCUGUGUUCCUGAAUGAAGAGUAUGAAUUUGCUAUGAUCUUACUAUGUACUAAUAAGUUCAAGUUGAGAUUUCAUGAGUGAUAGACUAGCCAUAUUAUUUUAACACAAAAGUGUGAGUGUUUUUAUACGAUUCAUAAUACUUCAUAACUUUAAACACAUAAUAGGUGUGCAGUUACGUCUCAGUAUCUGCCCCGUCUCAGUAUCAUUGCUAAGUAUCACGACAACAACCCAUUACUAACAAGGUAAUUUCAAUUACUAAAAAUAUCCAUGAGAAGCAGAGGUUAUUAGAAUGAAUCCUGUCCAGAAGUGACUUAUCUACUAAUCUGUAAAAGAAUGUUGAAAUCAGUUACAUGGAUUUGUUAAUCAAUACUUGUAGACCAUCAUAUUUUGAGGCAAAUACCAUUUACUUUCUCUGAGUAUGUACGAUCCUCUUAAUGCCUUGUGGGUGACACUCUUCACCAUGACCACUGAGGCCACAGGGGGAGAUCUCCAGAAGCAGAACCAUCUCCUAUGGCCACAGGAAAGCCACAAGUGGGUUUUCUUUUGUUAUAGGUUUCUUUCAUCCACAUCUCAUUCAUCAGAUGGCUGAAUGUUUGGCCACUUCUUACCACGUGACUGCUUUUCAGUCCUUUCCACUUCAUCAGUUCCUUCCCAGUCCUGAUGAGGUACUGUGGAUAUUACAGUACUAAUCCAGAAACCAUCAGCUGCCCCAAGUGCUCAUUUCUCCAUGCCAUUUUUGCUAUGGCAACCAUGUUUCUGCUUCCAAGACCUGACAAAUCCACUGUUCUCCUUCCCCUCAGUAACUCAGCCCCACUAUCAAAAUAGUUAACUAUCUCGUUCUUCCCCUCACCAGCAUCAGACCCCCGCUUUCAUAAGAAAGAGUAUAGCUAUACAUUAAGCCUACCAAUACACAGCCUUCAUAAAUGACUACAUACAAGCCAAGAAUCUCUACUUAAGUCAUUAAUGUGUUCAGUGUGGAAAAAAGAGUAGAAAUUUAGAUAAGAUAUUGGGGAAAUUUUUCACUCAAGAGUGGUGAGGCGCUGGCACAGCUGCCCAGAGAUAUGGUGCCC